AUGUCUCACAGAAAGUACGAAGCUCCACGUCACGGUCAUUUAGGUUUCCUACCAAGAAAGAGAGCCGCCUCCAUCAGAGGUAAGGUUCACUCUUUCCCAAAGGAUGAUCAAACUAAGCCAGUUGCUCUAACCUCUUUCUUAGGUUACAAGGCCGGUAUGACCACUAUCGUCAGAGAUCUAGACAGACCAGGUUCCAAAUUCCACAAGAGAGAAAUUGUCGAAGCUGUCACUGUCGUUGAUACUCCAGCUGUCGUCGUUGUUGGUGUUGUCGGUUACGUCGAAACCCCAAGAGGUCUAAGAUCCCUAACCACUGUCUGGGCUGAACAUUUGUCCGAUGAAGUUAAGAGAAGAUUCUACAAGAACUGGUUCAAGUCUAAGAAGAAGGCUUUCUCUAAGUACUCUACCAAGUACGCUCAAGAUGGUGCUGCCAUUGAAAAGGAACUUGCUAGAUUAAAGAAGUACGCUUCUGUCGUUAGAGUUCUAGUUCACACUCAAGUCAGAAAGACCCCAUUAGCUCAAAAGAAGGCUCAUCUAGCUGAAAUUCAAUUGAAUGGUGGUUCCGUUUCCGAAAAGGUUGACUGGGCUAGAGAACAUUUCGAAAAGACUGUUUCUGUUGACUCUGUCUUUGAACACAACGAAAUGAUCGAUGUUGUCGCUGUCACCAAGGGUCACGGUUUCGAAGGUGUUACCCACAGAUGGGGUACCAAGAGACUACCAAGAAAGACUCAUAGAGGUCUAAGAAAGGUUGCUUGUAUUGGUCCAUGGCAUCCAGCCCACGUUAUGUGGUCUGUUGCCCGUGCUGGUCAAAACGGUUACCAUCACAGAACUUCCAUCAACCACAAGGUUUACAGAAUCGGUAAGGCUGGUGAUGAAGGUAAUGCUUCUACUGAAUUCGACAGAACUAAGAAGACUAUCAACCCAAUGGGUGGUUUCGUUCACUACGGUAACGUUAACAACGAUUUCGUUAUGGUUAAGGGUUCUAUCCCAGGUACCAGAAAGAGAGUUGUUACUCUAAGAAAGUCCCUAUACACUAACACUUCCAGAAAGGCUCUAGAAGAAGUUACUCUAAAGUGGAUUGACACUGCUUCCAAGUUCGGUAAGGGUAGAUUCCAAACCCCAGCUGAAAAGCACGCUUUCAUGGGUACUCUAAAGAAGGACUUAUAA